GACACGUUGAUCGGGUUUCCCCCUGGAGGCAGAAGGAAAAAAAAAAAAUAUGGUGCUCUCCGGAAAUGACUUCACGAUCUUCAGGCUCAGCUUCCGCUCCUUCCGGAAGUGACGCUGGAAGCCGGGCUCAGCGCGGUGGAGGGCCGCCGCCACCAUGGGCCGCGAGUUUGGGAAUCUGACGCGGAUACGGCACGUGAUCUCCUACAGCUUGUCACCCUUUGAGCAGCGCGCCUUCCCGCACUUCCUCAGCAAAGGCAUCCCCAACGUGAUGCGCCGCACUCGCGAGCGCAUCCUGCGCGUGGCGCCGCCAUUUGUGAUGUUUUAUUUGAUCUACACGUGGGGGAACCAGGAGUUUGAGCAGUCCAGAAGGAAGAAUCCAGCCAUGUACGAAAAUGACAAGUGAGCAGCACACUUCUGGAUGACAGUUUCCUGCCUUUGAAAGACCCGUCUCUGGGAGAAGAGUCUACAUUGUGGUGUCUUGAAGACACAAUAAACUACUUACAGGCUU